AUGGUCAAGGCGGGACCGACCGACAGGUCGUGGCAGGAUCUUUAUCGAGCCCUUCUGCGCUCUUCCGCUGCAUCUGUACGAUUCUCGCGACCAGCUGCUCGGAACACUCGGCGCUACCUGCGUGACGACUUCGCUGACGCUCUCGUGGUUGGUGAUAAACGGGCUGCGGGACCGAGCUUGGACCGCCCUGUUGACGCACACAGUGACGCUAGCCCGUUCGUCGCCGGUCCAGGCAGCGGUCAAGAGCGACUAUCCAUCGUCAGAUAUCCGAUCGAGCCGUCGAUGGUGCCGUCAAGGCAUCAAACCCGACAGCAACCACCUCUACAGCAAGUGAUGCAUCGGCAGACGCACAACACGCUCGCAUUUCACCUCUCUGCAUCGUUGCUUCCGACCAGCGAGAAUCGCACACCUAGGGCCGCCGAUGGCUCGGCGAAUUAUGUUCCCGAGGACUCUUCGAACGAUCGCAUCCGGGGCAGGCUCGGUCCUACGCUCUCUCAUUCGCACCAGACCGAACAUGUCGAGCUUCGCCCACUUUCGGGCGAUCUCACGGUCAGCAGGAGCCAAACAGCAGCUAAGAAGCAAAACCCACCCACCAAGGCCGCGCGACUCGCUCAUCGCGUGGUCUCGAACCUUGCUUCUUUGACGUAUCACCACCUCUCACCGCACACCCAGAUGCAAUCGCGCACCCACCUCAAGCACAAUCGGGCUCGUAAACCGCAGAAGCUUUCAUCGCUCGCGCGCGUGCUGGGCAAGGUGGAGGCCGAUGUGUCGCUAGACCCUUCGCAGGCUUCCAGCGAGACCGGACUGUCGGACGUUUUCAGCGGCAACAGUCAGAAUUACGGCGGCGGUCUCAGCGAUGGCUCAGGAGACACGAUGCUGAACGCAUUGCACAUGAGGCUGGGCUUUCUAUUGCCGAGUGUCAAGCCCGUGCGUGGACCGGUUUCUUCGAGAUUGAAGGAGUGGGAUGGACAGAACGCCGACAGGAUCGCAUCUGAGGGAGGCUUGCGUCAGAUGGAAUCGGAUCUCAAGACGAUCGAGCGAUUGUUGGCAGACCACGACCAUGUUCAGAGGGACAAAGGGGCAAGAGUGCCGCGAUCGGCUUUGUUGAAGCAAGUUCAGCAACUGAAGUUGGAAGCGGAAGAGCUGAGGAGGAAGAUCAAGGCGGCAACGAGGGCUUUGGCACAGGUUGAGGCCCAGAAGCAGAUGGAGAGCAUUCCGAUCGAGCAUCUGAGUGAUUUGGUUGCCGCUGCGCAAGAUUCGCAACAGAUCCUGCUGGCUACGACGCGCUUUUUGGAGUGUUGUUCUGUCGAAGCUGCACGAGAGCUGCAAAGGCAGAAGACAUGCAUUUCCGCACAUCAAACACUUUCCUUUCCUGCUAUUCACUCUUUCCUUCCUUCCAUCAUCAUUACACAAAGUCCGAGCAUGUCGCGCUACAGGCAGCUGUUUGCAGCGCCUCUCGGCAAUCUCUCAGAGGGCGACGGCUCUGGCGAUGGUACCAACAGCGGGAUCGAGGACAGCCUUCGCGGACCCAGCGCUUUCGAUCGCAACGCUCCCAUCGCAAGCCACCAAUUCAGCCGUUCAGCGCAGCAACCGAUCGAGACCGGCACAUACGCAUUCGCAGCGACUCCGGACUCAGCGCUCCCAUCUACACAGCGUCCACCGUAUCAAGGAGAAUGGCAUUCCCCGCGAGCGCCCACGGUCCAGCAGACGCCCGAGGCUGGGCCAAGCACAUAUCAACAUCUGUCUCCACCGCGCAUCGAAAGGCAGGCGCCCGCAGCACGACUGCAAGCGCACACUUUGGCUCCGACUUUUCCCGCAUCAUUUGCUCCUCCGGAGGGCGGCCGUCUCAACUUGUUCACGACACCUGCAGCUGCACCGACCUUGACCACAGGCGUGAACGCUUUCGGCAGCCCGACCGAAAGAUCGAUGUCAAGCUCUUUCAGCUUUGCGCCUAGAGGUAAUGCAGUUGGUGCGGGUGGCGCUAUAUUUGCCGUCCCUGCCGCGCGAGGAAUUACUUCUGCAUCUGGACCACCUCCUUCGUUCGCAGCACCACAUACGCCAGUGCGACCGGCCAACCCCACAACAGCCACCACCACGACGGCAAACAUGUUCUUUAACGCCAUUCCCACACGUCCGUCCACAUCGGCUUCUGGCACGAACCUCGACGCAGCAGCCCUGCAAGCCGAGCGUCGAAUCAGAGAAGUUAGAGCUGCGAGUCGGAACGAAGAACCGCCAAGACGGAGCGUGUCUUUCUCUCCCACCGUCACCACUCCUCAGAACGCCGGACAGGGUGCGAUGUACCACGCACUAGCUCCGCCAGCACCCAUCAAUCGGGCGGCAGUAGCUCAAAAUCAAGCAAGACAGGGGCAGGUAGCAUCGCAUGCUGAUUCUAGCAUUUCGCAUCUGGGGAGAGAUACACGGGCACUUCCCCACAUGGGUAGAGAUCCUAGCUAUUCCAUGUCAACAGAUGCUUCUUUUGCUCGACCCACUGCGACACGGUUGUUCACUGCGCCUACCGCUAGCACCGGUAUCGCUCCGAUGCAACAGCAGCAGAUGGUGCUGCCGUCUCCGGUCGCAAGGUCGACUCUUCCCGUGGCUAUGGGCGGAGCAUCCGAACCGGACCCCGAGCAAGUUUCGUGGAUCGAAGACCCUUCGACGUCGAUCUCGCAUUCUCACUCCUUGGCUCCUCCGAAUGCACCACCGCCGCCCGUCCGACUCCGCAGGUGGGACGGAUCCACCACCCUCGUCCCCUCCUACCUCGUAUCCGAUUCACCCGAGACGGUCAUCGAAGAACACCUCUUCGACCACGACACGAUCAACCGAUUCGACGUCUCCUCCUUACUCCACAAGCACAGUUCUCGUGUACUCGGCGAGCAAGCACCAACAACACUGGACGUCGAUGACACGCAAUCAGAUGUCGUACUGGCGAUUUUGGAAACGCAACUUGGAUUGAAAGGUCUGCACGGAUGGUACGGUUUCACCCAUCGAAAUCCCCGUCAUCGCCUUGGGGAAAAGAGUCGAAAACGACGGCGUAGUGGGAGUGCCGAUGAAUCCACCUCCUUCUCUUCUCACGGCAGCGACGGUGAGGAAGACUCUCCUAUCGUGGUGUACGACACGUUCGGUAGGGUGCGUGGAUCGAUCCUUCUUCCGAACUACGCUUCCCGCGGUGGACCUUCUUUCCCCCUCCCCUCUCCACAAGAGACCUUCUCAAUCCGUCGAUCAAACACUUCCUCCGUCGUCCUCAAGACAACUUCCGCUCUAGCGGAAAAAGAAUUCGCCCUCUCCCACCAACGAUCUUCCCUUCUCAAACAGUGGUCCUCUCUACAAGCAUCCUCGUCGUCGUCAACGACAAUUCGUUCACCUCAGUUCUACCAGGAACUGAAGAAGAGACGGGAUAAAGCGAUAGGCUUUCAAACUUCCAACAGAAAACGUCUCUUGAAGGCGUUGCAGAACACAUAUCUGGAUUCAGCCACUGGACGUGGUUAG